UCGAUUACUAAUAAAUUCUAGACUUGUUAUCCAAUCGAAUUCUUUACUAUAAUUGUACAUGAAUAAAUCUUCCAGUUUCUCACUGUUUAGGAUUUCGUUUUUCCAUAUUGCAUUCGUAACUAAUUUUCUCCACGAUCUAAAACCUCCUGUUAUUAAUUUGUUAUUCCAAAUUAAGUUAUAUUCAUUCACGAUCAAACCUUCCUCUAUUAGUUCGAAAUUAUAUUUUAUCGUGUUAACUACGUUAUUGUCUUUUAAUAUUUCUUGCAUCUCUUUUCUUUUUUCCUUCAUCAUUCUAUACUCUUUUUCACUUGCUUCAAUUAGUUCAAUAUUAUUCGUUUCUAAUAAGUUUUCGAGAAGGAGAGUUGAUUUAGGUUCAUAAUGACAAU